GACAUCCGGUAACUUUGGAAGAUGGCUGCCCACACAUGUAAACAUGCGACUUAAUGUGGGGGGCUGACGGCAUUCAAUUGAUGAGUUCUGUAGCAUGUGUUCAUAUCAGUGACUGGAGGUUAUAGAGUAAUUUGACAUUUACUGUGAGAGCCGGGUCGUUACCCUUCAGCCUGUGAGUUACUACCGAGCUAGAAGCUAGCAGUUAGCUAGCAGCUAGCUAGCAGCAGAGAGCCAUGGCAGCGCAUACCAUAUUCGUUCGUUCUCUCCCAGCUUCAGCUUCAAACGAGCGACUUGAGGAAAUAUUCUCAGAAAUUGGUCCGAUAAAGCAAUGCUUCGUGGUCAGAGACAAAGGCACAGAAAAAUGCCGUGGCUUUGGCUUUGUGACCUAUUCCAUGGAGGAAGAUGCACAGCGAGCCUUGAAAGAAAUCAAAGAGUACGACGGUCAGAGGUUGUUUCUCUCAGUGGCGAAGAAGAAAAUUAAAGACAAAAAGAAAGCAGCAGUUAAAGAGGCAGAUGAAGCACCGAAGGAAAAUGAGCAGAAAUCCAAAGGCAUCAAGAAAAUCCAGAUGAAAUCCAGACUCAUUAUAAGGAAUCUUAGUUUUAAGUGCACAGAGGAUGAUCUAAAACAAGUAUUUGAAAAGUUUGGAACAGUUCUCGAGUCCAAAAUUCCUCUCAAACCUGAUGGGAAGAUGCGUGGAUUCGCUUUUGUCAUGUUUAAAAAUGUGUCAGAAGCUGCAAAGGCGCUUAAUGCUAUGAACCUGAAGGAGAUCAAAGGUCGGCAGGUAGCAGUUGACUGGGCUGUGCCAAAGGACAAAUAUAUUGCCACACAACAGUCGUCAAAUUCAGGCAAUACGAACGCAGAAGAGAUGAACGCAAAUGCAGAAAGUGAUGCUAAAGAGAAGGUUGAAGAAAAGAAACAAGCAGAGCCUCCGAGGAAAAAAGUCGAUGUGAAACCAGUUCUGCAGCAGGAAGAGGACUCCCAGUCAGGUGAUGAAGACGACAGUGAAGAAGAAGGCAGUGAGGAGGAUGAGUCUGAUGAAGAAGAAGAAGAUGAAAUCGACGAUAAGGAUGAUGAGGAGGAGGAGGAGGAGGAGGAGGAGGAGGAGGAGGAUGGUGGGAGUAGCCUUGAUUCAAAUGAUGAUCAAGAUGAAAGUCAGGAUGAAGAAGAUGACGAUGAUGAUGAUGAUGAGGAGGAGGAGGAGGAUGAAGAAGAUAAAUCAGCUAAAAAGAAAGCCCCAAAGAAACAACUUCCUUCAGAUGUGAAAGAGGGCAGAACGAUAUUCAUCAGGAACUUGUCCUUUGACACGGAGGAAGAGGGUCUUGAGGAAGUUCUUCUACGCUACGGCGAGCUCAACUACAUAAAGAUUGUUCUCCACCCAGACACGGAACAUUCCAAAGGUUGUGCAUUUGCUCAGUUUAAGACUAAAGAGGCAGCAGACAAAUGCAUAGCUGUAGCACAGGAUGAGGCAGAGAAUGGUGGCAUCCGUGUUGAUGGCAGAAAGCUAUUGAUUGUUGCAGCAGUGAGCAAAGAAGAUGCUACAAAGCUGAAGGUCAAUAAAAUGAAAGUAGAAACGGGCACCAGGAACCUGUAUCUGGCCAGAGAGGGAAUGAUCCGUGCUGGAACCAAGGCUGCAGAGGGUGUACCGGAGGCAGACAUGGUCAAAAGAACCAGAUUUGAAGAAGUAAAGAGAGCCAAGCUUCGGGACAUAAACGUGUUUGUGUCAAAGAAUCGACUGUGUAUCCACAACCUGCCCAAGUCGGUGGACAAUAAAAAACUCAGAGCGCUCUGCCUUCAAGCUGUGAAAGGAGACAAGAGAGUCUUCAUCACAGAGUGCCGGGUCAUGUACGACAAGAAGCCAGAGAAGGGUCAGGUGAUGGGACAGUCACUAGGUUACGGCUUCGUCCAGUUCCGGGAACACGAACAUGCUCUCAGCGCACUUCGCUACCUCAACAACAACCCCGACGUCUUUGGUCCUCACAAGAGACCCAUCGUCGAGUUCUCCCUGGAAGAUUCGAGGAAACUUAAAAUCAAAGAACUGCGACAUCAAAAAAACAAGGAGGUUUUCCAAAAUCAGCCUUUUAAAAAAGGACCUCGGGGCCAAAUCGCUGGAGAUGGAAAAGGACCAAAGAAGGAUGGAAAUAAAGGGCAGUCUUCAUCAGACCAGACGGGAAAGCAGAGGGGUCCUCCUCAAAGGCAGAAGCAGGACAGAUACUUCUCAGGCUUCCAAACCAAACCUGAGGUCGAGCACAUAGAUUUGGAGAACGGAAAGAAACGGAGGAAAGUGCUUCCUUUGCCUUCCCAUCGAGGGGCUAAGAUCAGGAAACGUGACAAAGGAAAGCAGAAGCCGCCGCCACCACCCAAGAAAGCAAAGCCUGGGUUCAGCAGGAAUGUGCAUCAGAGACGACCGAUGGAGAAGCCCACGCAGCCCCGAAAUCAGAUGGUUAAACCGGGCAAGAGGAACUUCAAGAGCAGGGACAGCGACCGCUUUGACAACCUGGUGGAGCAGUACAAGAAGAAGCUGAUGGGCAACAGCUUCAAGAACGCCGCUAUCAAAAGAAGCAAGUGGUUCGACAGCUAAUGCCGCGCCGAUCUGUGUGAAUGUGUACGCGAGUGAUGGGGGAAAAGAGAAAAAAAAGUGUUGUAAUUUUAUGUCCUGAAGUAACAGAGGUCGUCUACAUUUGACAUCUUGAGGAUUUAGAAGAUGGGAAAUUGUUCUAAAUGAAUUUUGUGUCCAGCUGUACAGUGUUCGGCGCUCUUGUGUUAAACUGUGUCUCUGAAUGUUGCUCAUUUUUGUUUAUUUUUAACUACUUAAAAAAACUCACAUAAGAAGUAUUUGUGUACAUGUAUUUUUAUGAAAACGUGAUAAAGUACUUUAAGAUUUUA